GGAUUUUCCCCGGAGUGAGCAGACAGGCUGAGGGGGGAUGUAGGAUGUAGGAUGGUGGAGCUAAUAGGAGUAUCUAACGGGACAUGCCGACCGCCUGAUUUCUUCUAAUAUCCCAACAGCUGUUGCGUGCGGGUGUGAGGCGUCACCAUGCCGCUGGUCAAGAGGAACAUCGAUCCCCGCCACCUCUGCCGAGGGGAGCUUCCUGAGGGCAUCGGCAGCGAGCUGGAGUGUGUGAUGAACAACACGCUGUCCGCCAUCAUUCGCCAACUCAGCAGCCUGAGCAAACACGCGGAGGACAUAUUUGGCGAGCUGUUCAACGAGGCCAACACCUUCUACCUGCGUGCCAACUCUCUCCAGGACCGCAUUGACCGGCUGGCCGUCAAGGUCACGCAGCUGGACUCCACCGUGGAGGAAGUUUCCCUGCAGGAUAUCAACAUGCGGAAAGCCUUCAAGAGCUCUACCACUCAGGACCAGCAGGUGGUGUCCAAGAGCAGCGUGCCCAAUCCCGUCAAGGAGAUGUAUAACUUGAGUGACAAGCCUCCGCCGCUCAGCAUCCUCUCAUCUUAUAGGGAUGACCACAAGGAAGCACUCAAGUUCUACACCGACCCCUCUUACUUCUUUGACCUGUGGAAGGAGAAGAUGCUGCAGGACACGGAGGACAAGAGGAAGGAGAAGAGGAAGCAGAAGGAGCAGAAGCGCUGUGUGGAUGGAACCUUGCAGAGGGAGGUGAAGAAGGUCAGGAAGGCCCGGAACCGCAGACAGGAGUGGAACAUGAUGGCUCUAGAUAAGGAGCUGAGGCCGGACCACCGUCACACCAUACACAGAGACCGAGGGGCCUCCUCCGAGGGCUCCAUGUCUCCAGAAAACAGGGGACACGGAGGAGACCUGCACCACUAUCCCAACGCCAUGAACCACGCUGGCCACGCUCACACCUACUCGGGCCCACCGCCCAGCGCUCUGGCUGCACAGAUGGCCGCCGGACACGCCGCUCGCGGGGGAAGCGAGCACGAUAACAGGAGCAGGUCCAUGGCUUAUCAGGGGGGCACGCUGGGCCGCGCUCACCACCACCAAGUCCCGCUGCCUCCUCCACCUGCCGAAGCGAUGAACGGGGGCUCGGUGUCCCUCCCACCGAUGGACUAUAGCAUGGAUGGUUAUGCCAACACAGGACCGCCGCCCCCACCCCCGGCCCCUCUCAUCCCCUCCGCCCAAACGGCCUUUGCCUCGCCACCUGGAGGACCCAUGUCACCCGGGCCAGUGAUUGGCGGCGGGGUCUACUCUCCGCCUCUACCACCUGUAUCCGGCGGUCAGGCUGCCCCACCGCCUCCAGGGCCCCCGCCGCCUCUUCUCCCAGCCGGUGCCUCCCACUCCCACAAGAUGUCCUCGGCCGUGCCCGUGGAGAGCAGCGUGGUUAAUGAUGCUCGCAGUGAUCUGCUGGCGGCCAUUCGUAUGGGCAUUCAACUGAAGAAGGUGCAGGAGCAGCAGGAGCAGCAGGCCAAGAGGGAGCCGGUGGGGAACGACGUGGCCACCAUCCUGUCGCGCCGCAUCGCCGUGGAAUACUCCGAUUCCGAGGAUGACUCGGAGCUGGAGGACAACGACUGGUCCGACUGAAGAGGGCGGGGCCACGUCUGAAAGAAUGCUUCCUGUAAACAAACACACACACACACACAUGAGAUGCGUAAAAAGCUAGAGGACGUGUGGGCGUGUCUUCAAGCCGCAAGCAUCACUGUAAAGAAUAGCUGUAACCGUAACCACUUCCUGCGAGCUUCACUGUGAGUGCCCCCACUUAUUUUCCCGCUCUAAUCCACACCGUUCAUGUCAAGUGUCAUUAGUGAUCAACGUCCCUUUUUUUUUUUUUUUUUUACUGAUGACGAGGCUCCUUUUUAACCGUGUAUUAGCUCAAAGUGAAGAACGUGAUGAAAUUGAGGGGGCGUGUCUAUGCUAGUAUGCUAGUGUGAGCCAUGUAUCCUUUCACGCAGAGACUAAUAAAAAGAUGAAUGGAGGACGAUGGCGGUCGUCACGUACCUGGCACCCUGCAUGUUGUGUUGCCAUGGCAACAGGCCGCUCAGGCAGGAGGGAGUUGCCUGGGCGACGGGGGGGAGAAGCAAGAAAACAGGCCAGGCGGGCGUCGUAUGCACAGCACAUCUUUAGUUUUUUGGGGGGGAGUUUCAUAGAAAAAUGAUCAGGAAGUGAACUACCCAAACAAUAAAAAGUACAACUAGAACACCUUGGAAAAAUAGACACCACGUUGACACCAUGUUUUUAUCCUUCCAUUCACGUUAGUGCAGGUUGAUUAUCCUCCUUUUGUGCCAUCAUCAUCAUCAUCAUCACUGCCGCACCCCCAAAAAAUAAAGUGCAUUUCACAUUGAAAACUACGUUGACACAAGAUGCUGUUACAGUGGCACCACCCCUGACCGCCCCCCUCCCUCCCUCCCUCCCCCAUAACCCAUACAGACAUUCACAGGCCCUUGAGUGAUAUUUAGCUCUAACAUUGGCAAACAUCUUCAUCAUCCAGGCCGUCCUUGGCGACACCUUCACUUGCACACAGUACAUUUACAACUCUGUGUGUGUGUGUGUGUGUGUGUGUGUGUGUGUGUGGAAGUGUGACACCCAACAUGACAACCUUUUGCUAUUCUUGGAUAGAAAAGCCCUUGUUUGCACGUCUUUACAUCCACCAUGCAAUUUGGACAGACUCGACCUCCAUCAGGGUUUCCCAAACGUUUGGAAGAUGUUCCAUGCUGAUCGUACGUGAACACACCCUACAUGUCAAUACGUCACAUGACUGCCAUGUACAGGAUCUGGGAGGGGCUAAAUGACAUUUUAUCAUUUGCAUAAUUGGUUGAUUUUUGGUUUGUGUUAAGAAAUGUGCGACACUAGCUGGGUGUUUUUACGCCGCCUGACGUUAUCGAUUGCCAGGCGUUUCGUUUACAUGCAAGCGUGCGCAUUACGUAACAUCCAGUGGCGACUAAACAACAACAACACGUGAGGUGUGAAAGAUAAUGUACCACGUCGUAUCUCGAUGAACAGAUUACACGUCAGCUAAAGAAGCAGCGUUACAGCGAGCUACACAGACAGCCCCAACGUACGUAACGUCGCGCCCCAAAGGAGCGCCAAAACCUUCUGUGGUGCUAAAAAUGGCCGCCACAAACACGUUUCAGCAGGUUUGAGCCGAUGGCGUUUGGGAAACCCUGCACUGGCUGGAGGAAAUGGAGAACGGGUGACUGGCUUUGGUAGCACCAUGCACGGUGUUUGUCAUUGCCCCCCCCCCAUUGUCAAGCAUGCCGUACUGUUAUUAUUUACACUUCAACUCAAAAAGGAGAAUUUGGGAGUACAUUCAGAAAAAGGGCUUUUACAGCGCCGUGAUAUCAUACAUGUCACAUGACUUCAGGCCAGACCAAAGUGGAAAAAAAUAGAACUUUUCAAUGAAUAUAACAAAAUAGACUUUUUUUUUUUUUUUUUGAAGUGAUGUUUGUCAGUCUGACACAGACGGGCCACGUUCCAAUACUGGGAAGUGCUCUUCUUCCGCUUCCCUCGCUUCAUUCUGAGGAAGAGAGGGAAAAGAGAGAAAGGGGCAUCAUCUUGGUGUUUGGACGUGGUCCUGUUUAGCUCAUAGAUCAUCCAGAGGUCACUUGAAGGACACCUGUCUUCAUUGACUUAGUGUAGCCGCAGCAGCAGGACUACAGCGGUCCACCCGCUCCCUUUGGCUUUGGCUUCGAGUCUCGUCCGGUUGGUCCUGACUUUGCAUGCGCUGUGUGGAUUCUCUCCCAGUGGACAGGAAGACUGGCAGCAGCAUCGCCCCCGCGAAUCAAGGAGGCCGACACUGGCGUUAUAGUAUGUGGCGACGCCUCCCUCCCUCGUUAUGUGGUCUGCUGGGGUCGCACAUGCACCCGCCCGGAGGCCAUGCAACUCACGACAAAGACGAAGACACUUGAGGUUACGACACCCAGGACGGCGGAAGGCGCCCACGAACACAAGGAGAAGCGAAGGAAGAAAUCCCAGCACGGCGUGCGGCUGUUAUUGCUGUCUGAGUAUUGCUUCACCUCCAAAAGAAGGACCGUUUGAGAGGCUCGUUAUUGCUGACAAACACGGCCUCCGUGAACCGGAAAAUGAGCUCCGGCGUCGGCUCCGAGAUUGGCUACGGUCCACGUACACAUGAUGGCAUCUCGUGAUGGGCGCAUCGGGGGAAGAAACGAAACACCACAUUGAGGUCAGGAUAACAGCUGGCGCUCAACUCGGGACCAGAGUGGAUUUGGUGCUUGUUGCAUGCAAAUGGCAGCCAAGUCCACAUGCAACACACAGCCAUGUAUGCCGCUAAAAUGACUC